CCACACUAGUGUCAAAAGAAGCUUACAUUGGAAGCCUCCAGACUCAAUAUACUGCAACACAAAACUCCUCCAUUGCUCUCAGGCUACUGCAUGUAUAUGUAGAGAGAGAAAGAGGAAGAUAACUACUCAUUGCAGAGAGAGAGAGAGAGAGAGAGAGUGUUACAUAGAGAGAGAAUGGCAACCCCUUCAAAGCCAUGGAAGGCAGAAUAUGCCAAGUCUGCGAGAUCGUCAUGCAAGACCUGCAAGGAAAAAAUAGACAAAGAGAUUUUUAGGCUGGGCAAAAUGGUUCAAUCCACCCAAUUCGACGGCAUAAUGCCUAUGUGGAACCAUGCUGACUGCAUUCUGAAGAAAUCAAAGCAAAUAAAAUCCCUUGAUGAUGUUGAAGGCAUAGAAUCGCUCCGAUGGGAAGAUCAACAGAAGAUAAGGAAGUACAUGGAGGGUGGUGGGCAACAAAAUACCCCUGCUCCCGAUGCUAUGGAAUGUGGUGUUGAAGUUUCACCAACUCCCCGUGCUACUUGUAGGCACUGCAAUCAAAAGAUCAUGAAAGGGGAGGUACGCAUAUCCACCAAGCCUGAAAACAAAGCUGCCAGAGGCUUAGCAUGGCACCAUGCUAAUUGUUAUAUGGAAAUGUCUCCAACCACCCAAGUAGAGAAAUUGUCUGGAUGGGAUAGCCUCUCAGCUUCUGAUCAGGCAGCUGUUAGUGCCCUGGUUAAGAAGCUUCCUUCCACCACAAAAAAUUGCACAAAAGUUGAGCUACAGGAGGAUAAAGAACCUUUACAACAAUCAACAUCCAAAGGUGGUGCUAAACGUAAAAGAGCUGUGAGCAGUGAUCAGAAGUCAAAAUUUUCUAGAACUAAAGGUGACGCAUUGUCUGAAAAGAAUGCCACUAAAUUGGAGGAAGACUCAAAAACAUCUGAUUUUGAAAGUAAACUGGAGGCCCAGACUAAAGAACUAUGGGCUCUAAAAGACGAUCUUAAGAAGCAUGUGACAACAGCAGAGCUGCGAGAGAUGCUUGAAGCCAAUGGUCUAGAUUCCGCCGGAUCAGAACUUGACUUACGAGACCGCUGUGCUGAUGGGAUGCUUUUUGGAGCACUUAGUAAAUGCCCAGUUUGCUCUGGGUGUCUGCGGUAUUCUGGAGGAAUGUACCGCUGCCAUGAUUAUCAAUCAGCAUGGACCAAAUGUUCAUAUUCUACCACUGCACCUGAACGCGUUAAAGGGAAGUGGGAAAUCCCAGAAGAAACUACCAAUCAAUAUCUUUGCAAGUGGUCUAAGUCACAAAAAGCAAAGAAACCUGUUCGAAUAUUGCCUCCACCUUCAUCCAGUACUCCUUCAGGAAGUCGAGCUGCUAAUGGGUUAUCUCAAUCGUCCAAGGGUGAAAAAUUGGGGGAUCUGAAAGUUGCUACUGCUGGAGUAUCCAAGGAGUCCAUGGAGGAAUGGAAGAGCAAAAUUGAGGAAGCAGGUGGUCAGGUCCAUGCCAAGAUCAAGAAAGACACGAACUGCCUAGUUGUGGGCGAAGUGAUGAAUGAUCAAGAUGCUGAGAUGAGGAAAGCAAGGAGGAUGAAAUUGCCUAUUGUUAGGGAGGAUUAUCUGGCUGAUUGUGUUAAAAGACAGAAGAAACUUCCUUUUGAUUUGUACAAAAUUGAAGGCAUUGGAGAGUCUUCUAGCUUGGUCACUGUUAAAGUGAAAGGACAAAGUGCUGUGCAUGAAUCAUCUGGGUUGCAGGAUUGUGGUCACAUCCUUGAGGAUGGGAAAAGCAUCUACAAUACGACUUUGAACAUGUCUGACCUAUCAACCGGUAUUAACAGUUACUAUAUCCUCCAAAUCAUUCAGGAAGAUAAAGGAACAGAUUGUUAUGUUUUCCGUAAAUGGGGUCGUGUUGGAAAUGCAAAAAUUGGAGGAAACAAGCUAGAAGAGAUGUCUAAAUCAGAUGCAAUCCUACAAUUUAAACGUUUGUUCCUUGAGAAGACUGGGAAUCCAUGGGAGGCAUGGGAGCAUAAAAAAGAUUUUCAAAAGCAACCUGGCAGAUUCUUUCCUCUGGACAUUGAUUAUGGGGUUAAUAAAGAGUCCUCCAAGAAGAAAAAUCUUAAUGACGAAAAAAGUCAACUUGCUCCCCCGUUGGUAGAAUUGAUGAAGAUGCUCUUUAAUGUGGAAACAUACAGAACUGCAAUGAUGGAAUUUGAGAUCAAUAUGUCAGAAAUGCCACUUGGAAAACUCAGCAAAAAUAAUAUCCAAAAAGGUUUUGAGGCAUUAACGGAGUUACAGAAUCUAUUAAAUAAUAAUGAUCACAGUCCUUCUAUCAAAGAAAGUCUGAUUGUUGAUGCAAGCAACCGAUUUUUCACUGUGAUUCCUUCCAUUCAUCCACAUGUGAUUAGGGACGAGGAUGAUUUUAAGUCAAAGGUGAAAAUGUUGGAAGCUCUUCAGGAUAUUGAAAUAGCUUCCAGACUGGUAGGUUUUGAUGCUGAGAAUGAUGACUCCCUCGAUGAAAAGUAUAAGAAGCUCUGCUGUGAUAUUGCCCCACUUCCUCAUAAUAGUGAAGAUUAUCUGUUGAUUGAAAAGUAUCUCCAAACUACUCAUGCCCCUACACAUACGGAUUGGUCUCUUGAGCUGGAAGAAGUUUUCUCGCUUGAAAGGGAAGGGGAAUUUGACAAGUUUGCUCCUUACCGAGAAAAACUUUCAAACAGGAUGCUUCUCUGGCAUGGUUCUCGGUUGACAAAUUUUGUGGGUAUACUUAGCCAAGGACUAAGAAUAGCUCCUCCUGAAGCUCCAGCGACUGGCUAUAUGUUCGGCAAAGGAGUUUAUUUUGCUGAUCUGGUCAGUAAAAGUGCUCAGUAUUGUUUUACCGAUCGGAAGAAUCCUGUGGGUUUAAUGCUUCUUAGUGAAGUUGCCUUGGGAGAAGUUUAUGAGAUCAAGAAGGCCAAGUAUAUGGAUAAACCUCCUAAAGGAAAGCACUCUACUAAAGGCCUUGGCAAGAAGGUACCUCAGGAAUCAGAAUAUCUGAAGUGGAAGGAUGAAGUCGUUGUGCCUUGCGGAAAACCAGUGCCAUCAAAUGUCAGGGCAUCAGAGCUGAUGUAUAAUGAGUAUAUCGUCUAUAAUACAGCUCAAGUUAAGAUGCAGUUCCUAUUGAAAGUGAGGUUUCAUCACAAGAGGUGAAGUGCCACAGGUAAAUAGAUGCCUAUAAUGUGUGGUAGUGUAAAAAGUGUUAGUGGGCCUUUUUGGUUUCCGGUGCUCAAUCUUUUUGGCAGGCAAUAUGUUGAGUACUGUGUAGCUACUCUGCAAGCAAAACUUAGGACUUUGUUUUAUAUUCCAUGACAAUUCCUCCUACUUGGUAAGAUCUCAUUUUGAAGUUUGCUGGAGAUCUUUCAUUUCUUGUAAUGUACAUGUCUGUGAUUUAUGGGAAGGAGAACUGUUUUGAGUA